UGAAAGGUCGAGCGUCAGGAGGGGGCGGGGCCUGCUCACGCACGCUGGCGCGAUCGGUCGGUCGGGGCGGCCUGAGGCCCAUGUGGAGCGGGAGCGGCAGUCGCAGUUGAACCGCCGCCGGAUCCGCGUCUCGGGGCUCCGCGCAGCCAUGAAGGGUAGCCGGAUCGAGCUGGGUGACGUGACACCACACAACAUUAAACAGCUGAAGCGGUUAAACCAGGUCAUCUUUCCUGUCAGCUACAACGACAAGUUCUACAAGGAUGUGCUCGAAGUCGGCGAGCUCGCCAAGCUAGCUUAUUUCAACGACAUUGCCGUGGGCGCCGUGUGCUGUCGAGUGGACCACUCUCAGAAUCAGAAGCGGCUGUACAUCAUGACGCUCGGAUGCCUGGCCCCUUACCGAAGGCUGGGAAUAGGAACUAAAAUGUUGAAUCACGUGUUAAACAUCUGUGAAAAAGAUGGCACUUUUGACAAUAUCUAUCUACAUGUCCAGAUUAGCAACGAGUCUGCUAUUGACUUCUACAGAAAGUUUGGCUUUGAGAUCAUCGAGACGAAGAAGAAUUACUACAAGAGGAUAGAACCAGCAGACGCCCACGUGCUGCAGAAAAACCUCAAGGUCCCCUGCCUUGGCCAGAACACAGACGUGCAAAAGGCCGACAACUGAACAAAAACCUAGCGGACACUUUUGUGCACUUGCUUGCCACCAAAUAAGGAAAGAGAGGCCUGAUCUCCUCCCCCCGCCCCCCCGUCCCCUUUCUCCUGUUGUGUGUUUUAUCCUCUCCAACAAAUUAAUAACUCCCCGAGGAUUGUCCAGUUGUGUGUUUGGGUUUUACAGCAUCUCUUUUGCAUUCUUGAGGGUGGUGGUGGGGAAGUGUGCGUUUCCGGUUGUGGGGCGGGGAGGGGGCCUUCAGUUGGUCUUCCAGAAGUCAAAUUUUUAUUCAGUAAUUGCGAUCCUCCCCCCUGACGGGCAAACUUUCAGCAAUACCGUGCAGCACCCAAAACUCCCACCAGGCUUUCUUAUUUUAAAAAAAUAUAUACCGUUGCCCUCUGAAAGUCUGAAUGUUGCUUAGCAGCUCUCUGGCCCCAUUCACCUCUCCGUGAAUUGCUCUCUUAGCUGAUCCACAACAGCAUUUUUGAGUGGCCGGGGGCAGCAGCGGCCAAGGAGACCCGUCUUGCAGAGCGUGUGAUUUCCCCCUCUCCCCCCCCCCCGCCUAUUUUUUUUUCUUUUUUGCCCGCUGGGGCAGUGUUUCAUGGACUGUUGUAGGCGAGGAUUCAAAAUGGGUUGCGCCACCUUCUGCUUUUCUCCCCCCUGCGUUAUUGCCGUUGCAGUGGUGACAGAAAAAAAGGUUGGGAGCUUGGACAUCGCUGGAGGAGCCAGACCGGUGACAAAAAAAAAAUCAACUGCGUGCCCCUCCUUGCAAAGCUUUGCAUUGGAAACGGUUCUGCCGCGUGGACUCUGCUUGCUUGCUGAGAUUAUACUUUUAAGAAAGACGAUUGUUAAAAACUGCUUUUCUCCCCCCCUGCUCUUCUGAAGACUCGGCAGCCCCCUUUAACAUUUUAAAGGGGAUGUUUAUAGGACACCAGUCGCGAGUGGCCUAUUUGGAAAACAUUGUAAGGGUUCAGAAAACAUCUGGGUUUCCUCAUAUUGUAACGUAGCCGACUUUGCUGAGCUCCUGUAUUGUGUUUAUGCUUUUGUUUGCAGUUUCAUUUCAAGCUUCUAGUGAUCAGUACAACUAUUGCCAACUUAAUCUUACGACUUUUCUCCUGAUUUUGGGGGAGGGGGGGGAGAGGAGGAGGAACGUACUGAAGAAAAAAAAUCUGCCCCAUCUCCUAAAUCAAUAUUAAACUGUAUUACUUUCCUGUUUUUGAACUUGAGAUGUAUCUUGCGCUUUUCUGCUUUGAAAAGGCCCUUUUAUCUGAAGGGGGGGUCAUAUAGGCUUUGACAGUAUAAUUUUGCUAGCAGAGGCUGUAACUUCACUGUGAUGCUGAAAUGAGAACUGAGCGGGCUGAGACAGGAAAAGUCCCGAGUUGUUUGCAAUAUUAUAAAUGUUGAAUUGCAGAGGAAUCCUUGAACCGGGAGACACCAGAAUCCCCAGCUAUUCCUCCUCAGGCUGAAGGAAACUCUAGCAAAGUUUGCCUCAUGCUUCUUUGUUUGGUAUGGGCAGAUGUUUCUGUACAGCUGCCAGUUAAUUCUUCUAAUUGGAACACAUAUCAGCCUUGUGCUUCAGAGACCUUGUACUGGAAAGUUUCCGCCCCUGGUUAUCAGUUGCAAAGUUUUGUAUCGUGGACCCCGAGACGUCGUUACUUCUCUGCAGUGACGUUGAAGCCUGUUUCAAGCUCAAAGCGCCAACGUUGCUUCCCUGAUCUGUUGCUCAACAAGACCAGAAGUUUUGCGGGGAGGUACGACAUUGGAGAAUGUAUGCGCAACAUAAAGUCACUGCUUGUCCAUUGCUGCUUCUCUGUUUCCUGGAACAAAGCGGUAGGUACUUGGAGCGGGUGGAAAACUUAUUUCUCUCCGGAUCCUUCUACGAGCAGUUUUUCCCUUCAGGCUUCAAGAAAAUCCCAGUGCACAAUCCUUCGGAGUUCAAUCUUUUUUCCCCCUUUCUAAUUAUAUUUGCUUUUAAUCACUGUCAUGUUAUGAAUGUAUUUCUCAAAAAAAAAAUGGAAUUUCCGCUGCAAAGUCAACCUCAUUCAGUACGUUGCGUAGGAGGUGGAGGGAGAUAAAACGGGAAAUCAAAAGCUCCCCCUUUUCUUGAUGAGCCCCCCCCCUUCCGUGUGACUGUCCCUUAAGAGCGCACACAGGUUUUACUUACAAAGUCCUUUCGCUGUAUCUCUCCAAUCAAAAAUGGUUUGGGAAAUGGAGAUCUUCCAUUUGAGGGCUUCCUUUUCACAUGCUGCAAAAUUGGACAGGUUUUUUUUCGAGCGAGCGGGGAAGGGAGAAGCGUUUUUGUCUUUCGAAACAGUGUUGAACAAGGGCUUGUACUGAAAUAGGUGUGUUAAUGCUUGUGUGAUACUGUCAGAGCUUCUCAGCCUCUUGACAACAGGCACCUGUGCAACUCUGAACUCGUCGUGAUGUUCGUAGCAACGAUCACCAGCACCUCACUUGCAGAAGUUUGCAAAAAGGGGGCGCGAUACUACUUGGGAAAUACCCAGCUUGUAGGUAUGUCAGUCGCCAGUGGUUCCAUACAGCGGUCUCUGAAUUUCAUAGAGAAACUUUCAGUAUUAGAUAACCAUUAUAUGGGGGAUAGAAGCAGCAUUCGGAACUGACAUGCUUUGACUUUGUGGUGGUGGGGGGGAGUAUUUUUGUAUACACAAAGUGGCGGGGAUUACUUGAUCCAGUUAAUGGUUAACUGUCCAUUAAAGAUGACAUGCUGUUACAACUGAAAUAAAUUCUAGUUAUGUUUCAUUAA